CAGAUAAUGCGUCCGCUAAGGUGGACGGAAAGGAGGAGAGCGCCCGUCUGCUGGAGGCAGCUGUCAACGGCGAGAGAUAUGGAUCGAAUAAAGCGGAUCAAGAAAACCUACUCGGCAGCAGCAUGGUUCACGGUACGAGUGAGAGCAACUCAAAGACCCUACCACAAUAUGUGGCCGCUUUGUCAGCUGCUGGUGGCGCAUUUGCCGCUGGUACACUGCUCGGCUGGACAUCACCCGCCGAAGUAAAGAUCAAUAACGGCGCUUAUGAUUUUGAAGUGUCGAAAAGCGAAUUCUCAUGGGUUGGCUCGGCCAUGACAUUGGGUGCGGCGUUCGUUUGCAUACCAACUGGUAUACUCAUCAAUUUGGUGGGACGUAAGCUGGCAAUGUUGUUGCUGGUGCUGCCCUUCACUCUAGGUUGGGGUUUGCUAAUUUGGGCGCAAAAUGUGCCCAUGAUGUUUGUCGCUCGUUUCCUGCUGGGUAUUGCUGGUGGUGCAUUCUGUGUAGCCGCACCUAUGUAUACGGGUGAGAUAGCGCAGAAGGAGAUACGUGGCACGCUUGGUAGCUUCUUUCAACUUAUGAUAACGGCGGGUAUAUUGUUUGUGUAUGCCAUCGGUGCGGGAUUGAGUGUGUUUUGGAUGAGCAUCGUAUGCGGUGUGAUACCAUUGGUAUUUGGUAUCAUUUUCGUAUUCAUGCCGGAAUCACCCACAUAUUUGGUUAUUAAAAAUAAGGAUGAAGGUGCUAUCAAAUCCAUUCAAUGGCUACGUGGCAAGGACUAUGAAUAUAAGGCUGAAAUUGAAGAAUUACGCGAAACCCAGCUAAAGAUUAAUGAGAAUCAGGUUUCCUGGUGGGUGGGUCUGUCACGUCCCGUCACACGAAAGGCUUUGCUCAUCAGUUUGGGCCUCAUGUUCUUCCAGCAAUUAUGUGGUAUUAACGCUGUCAUUUUCUACUCGGCCAAAAUUUUCGAGGAUGCGCAAACCGGCAUCGAUGCUAACCUCUCAACCAUUGUCGUCGGCAUAAUGCAAUUCAUCGCCACUUUUGUAUCCACAAUUGUUGUUGACAAGCUGGGACGUCGUCUAUUGUUGCUCACCUCAGGCCUUAUUAUGGCACUCGCUACCAUUUCCAUGGGUGUCUACUUUUACAUGCAGGAUCAAGAUGCCAAUUCAGUGGCCACGCUCGGUUGGUUGCCUGUCGUCAGCUUGUGCGUCUUUAUUGUACUCUUCUCACUCGGCUUCGGACCAGUACCAUGGUUGAUGAUGGGUGAAGUAUUUGCGGCCGAUAUUAAGGGAGUGGCUGGUUCCAUUGCCGGUACAACUAAUUGGGCUUUGGCUUUCCUUGUAACAAAAUCAUUUGUGAAUCUAAGUGACUCAUUGGGCAAAGGACAAACCUUCUGGCUCUUCUCGGCGAUUACCAUUAUUGGAGUUUUCUUUGUAUUCUUUAUUGUGCCAGAGACGAAGGGCAAGAGUUUGAAUGAGAUACAAGCCGAAUUGGAGGGCAAGAAUGCGAGCACGACGUCACAAGCAGCAGCAGUGAAUGGUGCUGUUUAAGGCAAAGUCGAGAUUUAACGCUAACACCUACUAAAGGAAAACCGAAAAAAACAGGGAUGCAUGCAGGCAGAUGGAUUGUGGUGUGAGAAGAGAAGCAUUUCGCGGCGCAGUAGAUCGCGAAGUGGCUGAAGAAGAAGAAGAAGGAGUUGAACGUAUUAAAGCUUUUCAACAUAAAUUAUUGUUCUUUUUUUUUGUUUAUUGAAAAGUAUUGCAUAACUUUAGUUACUAUCAAUACACAAGCAAAACACAUUCACACACAUACACCGCAUGUUGAAUAAUCAUACAUAUGCAUAUAUAUUUACAUACAUACUUACAUACAUACAGUCUCUUAACGAUUAAGUCUAAAAUUAAGUAUGGAUGCAUGCGUCUGAAAAGGACGCUAAUUUAUGGAAGCAAAAAUUUAAAAAAAAAAUAAAUUAACUCCUUCGCUGCGUUUAAUAAUUCUACAAAGGAGAAUUUACGUACAUAUAAUUAAAUUCAUUGUAGAUUUGUAAAUUUUGUUUAUGUAGUAGAUUAUGCGCAUAAACUGUAAUAUUUAUAUUUGUGCGUCAAAAUUGUUAUUAUUUUUUGUGUUGUUUUAAAUAAUUGUAAAAGUUCGUAUACUCAAUUUUGCUUCAUUGCAGUUUUAUAUAGUUAUUUUAAUUGAAUGCACUUUUAGUAGACAGCACAUUAAACUGAAAUUUUAAAUUUUGAAAAGCAAAUACUUAAUUUAAAAAACAAAAAAAAAAUUUAAUUCUUGAAAAAUCAAUUGUGAAAAAUUUUUUAAAUCUCAAUUUAUAGAAUUAAAUUUUUUGUUAACAUCUGCGUAGAUAUUAUAAAAACACUCUCCACCCAUCUCUUGUUUCGAAACGAACAUGAACAGCCGAGUAAAAUAUAAAAAUCUUGGCCCCUAUCUAAGUAAUUUUUAAGAUAUUUUUGUUUUAACAAUUUAAUUUAGUUCUGCAAUUAAAAAAAGCGAUUUUAACGCAAAAAUGUAUGCUGACAGCUAAACAGCUAAGAAGUUAGUGCAGUUGGCAUGCGUAAAUGUAGCUACCAGCGCUGAAAACAAAUGAAAAUGCAACUAACAGAGAAGUUAGCAUAAAUACGUCGGCGAAUGUUAAUGUAAGUAACAUGCAUUAACAUACGCUGCAAUAGAACUAACAGAGAAGACUGAAGGUCAAGGAAUAAAUAAUCCUAAAGCAAAAAAAGCGAAAUUGCUUAAAUAAUAACAAAAUAAGCACAAACAUGAAAUGUUUAAAAUACACUUGAAUGUUAUAAAAUUGUAAGGCCUAUUCUGAGUUAGGUUAAUUAAGAAGUUACAUAUGUAAGCAGAAUUACGGUGACACUGCAACACAUUAAGGCAGCACAUUAAGGCGUGCGCGUUUAUUAUGUGUGUCAAGGAAGCUAGUUGCAUGUAAGAAGUUUGUUGGCAAGAAAAUUUUGUUUGAAAAUAAAAUGUUGAGAUUUGAAAAAAUGUUAGCAUUAAAACCACCGUAGUUACACAAUAUAGAUUAACCCCAAAAUAAGCAUAUUAGAGUUUACAAAAAACAAAAACACAAUAUCAUUAAAAACAAAACACAAAAA